AUGGAUAAUAAAGAUUAAGAUGAAUUAUAUGGUUUUGAAGAGCCAGUAGAUGAUUAUAGUUCUCUUUUCGAAAUAAAAAAUGUCGUUUUAUAUAAUUUUUAACUUCCAAUAAUGUUUUUGAGUUUAUCUCGUAAAACCAUAAUAGCAAUAACCGAAGAAAAUUAAUUAAUAAGAUGGAAAUUCGACGUAGGAUUAAGUGUAUAUGAGCAAUUAAAAAUUCCUAAAAUAAAGGACGAUAGAUCUUUAGGAGGAAAAAUAGCAAAUGUAGGUGGUAAAAUAAUACCUUUUGGAAUGUUAAAAAAGAUGCAAGACGAUCGAAAAGAAGAAAAAAUAAAAUAAAAAUAAAUAGAAAAAAUAUUCCAAGAUACAGAAGGUAAUCAUUGUAUUAUUACAAAUAAUUACGGCGAUAAUUAUUAUUUACAUUACGAUUCUACAGAAGUUAUACAUAUGGCUGAAUUUAAAUAAAUUAUUAUGAGAGCUAUUAGCUUUGAUGAUCAUGUAAAAUUAGAAAGUUCUCCUUUAGGAAUAGGAAUCACACUUUUCCAUUAUGUUAUUUUAAAUAGUGAUUCAGUAACAGUUAUGUCUUAAAUUACAGAAUAAGUAGUAUUUUAUAAAGAUUUAUCUUAAAUGGGUUAAGUUUUAGGAAUAAUUAAUGACAUUAUUAUGGGAUUUUAUGACGAAGCUGUAGAAACUGCUCUUUAAUAUAAUAUGAUUGAUAUAGCUAAAAAGUAUGCUUUAAUUUAAGAAUAAAAAUGUAUAAAUACACAUUUAACAUGGAUGAAAAAAAUACUUUAAUAAACUGAUAAUGUAAAAUUCGAAGAUUUAAUUCCUUUAUUUAAUAACGAUAUGCCUUUAUCAUAAUUAAACGGAAAACUAGAAGAAAGUUUAAAAGGAUAUUAAUAAAAUAUAAAAGAAAUGAAAGAAGAAUUAGAUUGUAUAAAUGAACUUAUUGCUAAUUAAUGCCCUAAAUGUGGACCAAUUAUUGUUUAAUUGGCUUUUACUUUAUAUGAGGAAGACUCUUUAUUAGAAAUUUGA